AUGGAGGCGUUGGAGGUUGGUGCAUCGACCUUCCUUAUUGAUGAGGAUACGAGUGCGACCAACUUCAUGAUAAGGGACGGUCGGAUGCAGCAACUAGUCUCGGCCGAUAAGGAGCCUAUCACGCCCUUCCUGUGGCGAGUCAGGACGUUGAGCGAUCGAGUGGGAGUAAGUACGGUUAUGGUCAUUGGUGGGUCGGGAGACUACUUCCAUGUGGCUGAUACUGUCGUGAUGAUGGACCAGUAUGUGCCUUAUGAUGUGACUAGUCGAGCCAAGCAGAUCGCGGCUGAUGACGAUGUGCAUCUUACUAUCCCUGAAGUUGAUGAUAAUAUCUUUACGGGCCUUCGUGGGAGGUGCCUCGAUCCUCAUACUUUACGGGCUGAUGGCAAAGUACAGUCGAAAUCAUUGCGAUGUAUUUCCUAUGGAUGGACGGAGAUUGAGCUCACCAACGUGGAACAGCUUGUGGAGACGGGCCAGGCUAGGGCUAUUGCUGAUGCUAUACAGACACUAGCUGAGAAGGACUACACUAGAGGAAGGAG